AUGUCGCGCUCCGGCAACAACCGGCACAGCCCGGGCGGCGUGCGCCGCGGGCCGGAUCCCUCCGGACUCGACCUGGCCCCGCAGGGUGUCCACCAGGGGCUGGAUCCCAGAUUCAGGUCAAACACUUUCCCGCUGGUGGGGGACGGGGCCCACGGCGGCAUGGCGCACAUGUUCGGCAACAUGCAGGGUGGCCAGCACACCUGUCACUGGGCACCAUCCUCCAUGGGUGAAGAGGGUGCCACGAGCCAUGCCACAUCCCAAACCCAUGGCAUUCCUAAUCUUAAUUCUGGCACAGCUGGAAAGCCAGCCAGGAAUAGGGAGACUGAGUGGGAGAGGGGAACGGCGGGCGAUGCACCACAUCGAAGAAUCUCCACUUCAGAACGGCGGAGGAGGAAGCGCAUCCCUACGCUGCUGCGCAAGUUGAGCUCGACAGAGCCGAGUUCACCCUGCCGGCCCCAUCGGCCCAGCUUCCGUGUGCAGCCCAUUCAUGAUGAAGCCACUUUUGCCAGCUGUGAGCUCAAUGGUCCAUCGCGUGCCACCAGCACAUCGCCAUCCGGCGCCUUUUUUGACCACAACUGGUCCGAGUCGACAAGUCCCAGCACGAGCUGCACAGGCUGCCUGCAGGGGACGAUGUUUAGCGGGGCUUUGGACGUUGGUGGUGAGGAAGUUGGAAGGAGGGAAGAAGGAGGUGGAAGGGGAGAGGAAGGUGGCGACAUCCAGAGGGUGGACUCCCUGAGCGACGUUGGGAAUCUGUCCCAGGAGGUGACUGAUGCGGCUGCCCAGGAGGUUGUGGGGAAGAAACAAUUAGUCAUUGACACUUCCAAGAAGUCGACAUCGCCAUUCAUGAGACUCGAAGAUUUCGAUGGACCCAUGCCUGGAGGCGGCAAGAGCACGGAGGGUGGCAG